AUGAAAUGCAAUGUCAGUACUCUUCAGUAUACAGAGCUUCCUCAAACUUUACUGAUUUUCUCAUUAAUUUUUUUUAUAGUAAAUGAAAUAAAUUUUUUCUGGACCUUUCCUUAUUAUCUCGCUCAUUCUAUUGUGGGUACACUGGCUUUCACCCAGAAGUCAGAGCUCACUAAUUAUCACCUAACUCCUUUAGGGAAGAAACCAUAUGGAUGCAGUGAAUGUGCAGUGAACGCUUUUGAACCACUCGUGACUGUGCUUCAGAGAACUUGUGCAGGAAGGAAAUCCCAUGAAUGCACUGAUUGUAGGAAAGCCUUUCCCAGUAAGGUGAAGCUAAUAAGUAAAGCUACUCAUCAGCAGACUCACACAAGGGAGAGACCGUUCGGGUGCAGUCAAUGUCAAAAAGCCUUCGUUACAAAGUCAGCACUCAGCUGCCAUCAGAAAACUCAUCAUAGAGAAGGGAAAUCCUAUGCAUGCAGUAAAUGUGAGAAAGCUUUUCCUUGGAAGUCAAAACUUGAAUUACAUCAGAGAACUCAUUCGGGAGAGAGACCUUUCAGAUGCAGAGUAUGUGAUAAAGCCUUCAUGGUUCAGACACAUCUGACUGUACAUCAGAGAACUCACACAGGAGAGAGACCAUAUAAAUGCUUGGAUUGUGAAAAAGCGUUCUCAAAAAAGGCUCAGCUCGUAAUCCAUCAGCGAAUUCACACAGGAGAGAGACCAUACAGAUGCAGUCAAUGUCAGAAAGCGUUCAUUACAAAGUCAGCACUCAUCUAUCAUCAGAAAACUCGUCAUAGUGAAGGAAAAUCCUAUGGAUGCGGUAAAUGUGGGAAAGCUUUUCCUUGGAAGUCAAAACUCACCUUACAUCAGAGAACUCAUUCGGGAGAGAGACCUUUCAGAUGCAAAGUAUGUGAUAAAGCCUUCAUGGUUCGGACACAUCUCACUGUGCAUCAGAGAACUCACACCGGAGAGAAACCAUAUGAAUGCUUGGAUUGUGAGAAAGCGUUCUCAAAAAAGGCUCAACUCAUGGUUCAUCAGCGCAUUCACGCAGGAGAGAGACCCUAUGAAUGCAGUCAGUGUCAACAAGCCUUCAUCCAGAGGUCAGAUUUAACUAAUCAUAAGAAAACUCAGCAUGCAAUAGGGAAAUCUCAUGGAUGCGGUGAAUGUGGGAAGGUUUUGUCCUCUAAGUCAACUCUCGUUAUACAUCAGAGAACCCAUACAGGUGAGAAGCCCUUCAAGUGCAGUGUAUGUGAUAAAGCCUUCACAUCAAAGGCACAUCUUAUUGUCCACCAGAGAAUUCACACAGGAGAGAAACCAUAUGAAUGUUUGGAUUGUGAGAAAGCCUUCUCCACUAAGGCACAUCUUAUGAUUCACCAGCGAAUUCACACAGGAGAGAGACCCUAUGAAUGCCGUGAAUGUCAACAGGCUUUCAUCCAGAAAUCAGGUCUCACUAACCAUAUGCAAAAUUGUCAUGCAAGAGUGAAAUCUCAUGGCUGCAGUGAAUGUGGAAAGGUUUUGUCCUGUAAGUCAACUCUCAUUAUACAUCAGAGAACCCAUACCGGUGAGAAGCCUUUCAAAUGUAACGUAUGUGAUAAAGCCUUCACGGCUAAAUCGUAUCUCACUGUCCAUCAGAGAACUCAUACAGGAGAGAGACCAUAUGAAUGCUCUGAUUGUAAGAAAGCAUUUGCUACUUUGUCAACUCUCAUAGGUCACCAGAGGACUCACACAGGAGAGAGGCCCUAUGGAUGCAAUGAAUGCCAAAAAGCCUUCUUUCGGAAGUUAGCUGUUCUUAAUCAUCAGCAAACUCAGCAUAGAGGAAAAGUGUCUAUGCAGUGACCAUAGGAACAUGAGAAAUAGGUUUUGAUGAGUCAGUCCUCUCUGUUCAGAGAACUCAUUCAGAAUAGAAAUGCCAUGAAUGCUGUGAUUAUAGUAGACCUUUCUGAAACUUCAAUAGGAAGUAAACCUUAUAGAUGCAAGGAAAGUUGUAAGCCUUUCAUCCGAAGACUCCUCUCAGUAUACCACAGGGAUCUCACCAAAAGAGAGAAACAUUAUAAAUGCAGUGAUUGUCAAAAAUUUCAUUCGGGGGCCUCUGGGUGGCUCAGUCAGUUAAGCGUCAGACUUCAGCCUAGGUCAUGAUCUCGCCAUUCCAGAGUUCGAGUCCCACGUUGGGCUCUGUGCUGACAGCUCAGAGCCUGGAGUCUGUGUCAGAUUCUGUGCCUCCCUCCCCCCUUCAAAAGUAAACAAACAUUUAAAAAAUGUCAUUUGGAAGACGCUGUGCAUUUAGGAGGCAAUACCCGUGAGAUGCAAGGAAAGUGGGAAAUCAAUUUCAAAUCAUUUUCAAAGCACAUUUGUUAUACUUUAGGGUAUUCGUUCAGGAGAGGGACCCUAGAGUUGCAGUGAGUGUAGAAAAGCCAAGGAAAAUCACAUCUCAUUGUACAUAAAAUAAAAAUUACAAGAAGGUUGUGAUAAAGGACUUACCAUUCUCUGGAAAGUCAGACUCGUUGACCAUCUUGUGCAGGAGAGAAAUACUGUGAAUGUGAUACAGUCCUCCAAUUAAUGCAUAUCUUUGUACAUCAACAAACUUGUGUAGGAGGAAAACCCUAUUAAUGUAGCAAAUGUAGUAAAGGCUGCAUCUAGACGUCAGAGCUCACUAAUUAUCUGCAAACUCAUAUAGUAGGUAAAUCCUUUGGCCACAAAACUCAUUGCAUAGCAAGAAAGAAAUGCCAUUAAUUACACUGAUUAUCUAAAAUGCUUUAUUUACAAUGGGGUUCCUGGGUGGCUCAGUCGGUUAAGUUUCCGGCUUCGGCUCAGGUCAUGAUCUCACAGUUUGUAAG